AGUCCAGGCCCAGAAUAAGACUCCAGUCCAGGCCCAAAAUGUGGUUCCAGUCCAGGCUCAAAAUGUGGUUCCAGUCCAGGCCCAGAAUAAGGAUCCAGUCCAUACCCAAAAUGUGGUUCCAGUUCAGGCCCAGAAUAAGGAUCCAGUCCAUGGCCAAUAUGUGGUUCCAGUCCAGGCCCAGAAUAAGGAUCCAGUCCUGGGCCAGAAUAAGACUCCAGUCCAUGCCCAAAAUGUCGUUCCAGUCCAGGCCCAGAAUAAGGAUCCAGUCCAUGCCCAAAAUGUGGUUCCAGUCCAGGCCCAGAAUAAGGAUCCAGUCCAUGCCCAAAAUGUGGUUCCAGUCCAGGCCCAGAAUAAGGAUCCAGUCCUGGGCCAGAAUAAGACUCCAGUCCAUGCCCAAAAUGUGGUUCCAGUCCAGGCCCAGAAUAAGGAUCCAGUCCAUGCCCAAAAUGUGGUUCCAGUCCAGGCCCAGAAUAAGAAUCCAGUCCAUGCCCAAAAUGUGGUUCCAGUCCAGGCCCAGAAUAAGACUCCAGUCCAUGCCCAAAACGUGGUUCCAGUCCUGGCCCAGAAUCAGGAUCCAGCACCUCCAGUCUACAGGUUCCGGCCACAUGGUAUGGGCCAGCCCCGCCCCCCUGUAGGUUCAGCCCAGACUCAGGGCUCCGCCCACAUGACAGAGACUAAAGCUAAAGGUGGGUCACCUGUGAGGUCACAGCCACAAGUCUUCAACACAACCGGCACCACGGCCACAAAUAUGACCGAGACCAUGCCUACAACCACUACCAGAACUGCUACUACUACAUCUGCAAUCAUGACCGCGCCCACAACUACGACUGCAACCAAGGGCAGACCCACAACUACCACCAGGGGCACACCCACAACUACAACUAAGACUACAACUACAAUGAGGACCACGCCUACAACUAUGACGACAAUCAAGACCACUCCCGCAACUACAACCAAGACUACGGCUAAACCUAUAAUGAAGACCAGGCCCACAACUAUGACUACAAACAAGACCACGCCCACAAGUACGACUACAAUCAAGACCAUGCCUACAACUACGACUACCACCAAGGGCACACCCAGAACUACAACUAAGACUACAACUACAAUGAAGACCACACCUACAACUAUGACUACAACCAAGACCAUGCCCACAAGUACGACUACAAUGAAGACCGCGCCUACAACUAUGACGACAACCAAGACCACUCCCGAAACUACAAUUAAGACUACGGCCAAACCUAUAAUGAAGACCAGGCCCACAACCAUGACUACAACCAAGACCACAUCUAUGACUACAGUCAAGACCACAACCCCCACAACUGUGGCGCAUCCAGCGACCGCUUCGAGCCCGCGACCGGGGGACGGUACAGCCGCAAAGACCACCACGGACAGCGCCGUGGCGGGACUCCAGUUCUGGAAGCCGUCGGACACCAGCGCCCUGCUGGCCAUCCUGCUCUUCAGCCUGCUCUUCCUCGUCAUCGUCGUUCUCCUCUUCCUCAGGAAGGCCCUCGGGAGCUACAGGAGGAAGGGCUACACCCGAAUGGGGUACCUGAUCGACGGGAUGUACUCCGAAUCCUCGCUUGGACUUCGACCGGAGUCCAUUUUGUUCAGUAACUGAACCCCCAAAAGUUUGGGGGGCUCGUUCGAUUCGCUUUUUGUUUUCAGGUUGAAGUGGGAUUAAUGAAGCAUCUGUUGCACUGAAAUACUGCCAUCGCUGGCCAGUUUCACAGCUGCGUUUAAUAAGAACGAGCAGGACCCUGCGUCCAGCGUUUUUCAAAGAGGGUGCAAUGCAAUCCCUCCAGGGGUGCUUUGGAAAUUAAGUUAUGUUAAAAAUGGACAACGCUAUGAUAAAACUAACAAAUCACACUGUGAAUAAAAAAAAAAAACUGAUUUCAAUUCAUAAUAGAGCAUUUGUGAGCUCAUACUGCGAAUAUCACUGCUUUUCUGACCUUAGUCUUCUGUGCAGUUCAGUCUCCUGCUUUCCUCCCCUCAGGACCUAGAUAUCGUACUUUUGAUCAAAUUCUCUGAAUCGACCCAUUUUUACGUUUUUAGCUAGAUUUGCAAUAUCUGAUUGUUUUGUAAAUUUCACCACAGAAAGUUAGAUUAAUGAAGAAACAUUUUAGAAAAAAGAUUGUCUUUUUAGAUUGAAUAAUUCUGCAAUAUUGCUUGUGAAACGAUGUGUAAGACCAGGGACCUGGUUAGGCUCGAACCCUGGUCUCCCAUGGAAGAGGCUGUCGGGCUAACCACUGCACGAAGCUACACAAAUAUGUCGUUUUUAAAAAUGUAAUUUGUUGAAUGAAACAGAUUUGAUAUUUUGAUUUGACAUGUUCAUUUAUUUCUGUCUUUAAUACAGAUUUAUAAGAUUUAUAACUGAGAA